AUGAAGUACUCUACCGUCCUUGCCUUGGCUGGCCUUGCCACCGCUACCACCAAGAAGCCCCUCGUCAAUGAGCUCAAGCUCCAAAAGGACAUCACCCUCAAGGGUCUCAUGGCCGGCGCCCAGAAGCUUCAGGACAUUGCAGAGGCCAACGACGACACCCGUGUCUUUGGAGGCAAGGGCCACAACGCCACUGUCGACUACCUCUACAACACCCUCAAGUCCCUCAACUACUACAAUGUCAAGAAGCAGCCCUUUACUGAGCUGUACUCUGCCGGUACCGCCUCUCUCAAGGCCGACGGUGAUGAUAUUGCCGCCGCCAUCAUGACCUACACUCCCGCUGGUGAGGCUUCUGGUCCUCUUGUCGUUGCUUCCAACCUUGGAUGUGCGGCCAGCGAUUUCCCCGCCGAGUCCACCGGCAAGGUUGUCCUUGUUAAGCGAGGAGAGUGUGCUUUCUCUGCCAAGUCCACCAACGGAAAGGCUGCUGGCGCUGCUGCCGUCAUCGUCUACAACAACGUUGCUGGCGAGCUGAGCGGUACCCUCGGUGAGCCUUUUGGUGAUUUCGCUCCCAUUGUCGGCAUCAGCCUCGAGGAUGGUGAGGCUAUCCUUGCCAAGGUUGAGGCUGGCGAGGUCAACGUCGACCUCAAGGUCGAUGCUACUGUUGAGAACCGUGUCACCUUCAACGUCAUUGCUGAGACCAAGGAGGGUGACCACGACAACGUUCUCGUCGUUGGAGGACACUCCGACUCUGUCGCUGCUGGUCCCGGUAUCAACGACGAUGGCUCUGGUAUUAUUGGCAUUCUCAACGUUGCCAAGGCUCUCACCAAGUACCGCGUCAAGAACGCCGUCCGCUUCGGUUUCUGGAGUGCUGAGGAGUUUGGUCUCCUUGGAUCUUACGCCUACAUGAAGAGCAUCAACAGCUCUGACACCGAGAUUGCCAAGAUCCGUGCCUACCUCAACUUUGACAUGAUUGCCAGCCCCAACUAUGUCUACGGUAUCUACGACGGUGAUGGUGAUGCUUUCAACCUUACUGGUCCCGCUGGUUCCGACGCCAUUGAGAAGGACUUUGAAAAGUUCUUCAAGACCAAGCGUCUCGCUUCCGUUCCUUCCGAGUUUAGCGGUCGCUCCGAUUACGCCGCUUUCAUCGAGAACGGUAUUCCUUCUGGUGGUCUUUUCACUGGUGCCGAGCAGCUCAAGACUGAGGAGGAGGCCAAGAAGUUUGGCGGUGAGGCUGGUGUUGCUUACGACAUCAACUACCACAAGGCUGGUGAUACCAUUGACAACCUCAACAAGGAGGCUUUCCUUGUCAACACCCAGGCCAUUGCCAACUCUGUUGCCAAGUACGCCAAGAGCUUCAAGGGUAUUCCCCAGGUGAACCACCUCACCCGACGAAGGGACGCCGACCACGCUCAAAUCUUUAAGCGCACUAGCGCUCACACCCACGCCCACGGUGGUCCUUGUGGUGCUGUUGAGGUUUAA